AUGCCUGUCGCGUCUUCCAAUGAGUACCCGCCGACUUACGCGGUCACCGACGAGGCGGACCGCAACAAGCAAAACGACGUCAGGGUAGAUGUCCGGAAUCUCACCCGCACUCCGAGCCCGACCCCUUCAGAAGCAGAGGCCCUCAGCCCCGGGAAGAAAAAGAAGGGAGGGUUCAUUCGGUCUCUCUUCAACCCGGAGACGUACAAGGAUCGGAAGGAGUUCAUCCGACUUGUUAUCACAGGCGCCAUUAUCGCCCUCGUCGUCUUGUUCGUUGUCUAUCAGCAGAAUAUCGUGAACUGGAUGAGGCCGUUCGCCGACUGGAUGCGCAGGACGCCGGGAGGAUGGCUAAUCCCCAUUGCGAUUAUGAUUAUAUUGUCGUUCCCUCCUCUGUUCGGACACGAGAUCAUCGCUAUCCUCUGCGGAGAUGUCUGGGGCAUUUGGAUCGGUUUUGCGAUUGUCGCCGCAGGCACCAUCAUCGGCGAACUUAUCAACUACUUCGUCUUCAGGUACUUCUGCACGGCUCGUAGCCGCGGGUGGGAAGAGAAGAAACUGCGGUACGGACUGCUCGCCGAGGUCGUCCGUCAGGGUGGUUUUGUCAUGGCGGUCGUCCUCCGAUACUCCGCUAUUCCUGGACAUCUCACCACCACCGUGUUCGCGACGUGUGGGAUGAGUGUCUUCACGUUCCUCGGUGCCGCGGUCCUCUCCCUCCCGACGCAGCUCGCCACUGUGUAUCUAGGUUCUGCGCAAAGCAACGGCACUGUUGACUCGCGGACGAAGACAAUCAAGACCGUCGUCAUCGUCGUCACAAUUGCCACCACCAUAUUCGCGAUGCGCUACGUCCGCAUCCAGACCGAGAAGAUCACGCCCGAAGUCGUCUACCGCCGGCGCAAGGCCAGACAAGCCAAGGCUCUCGCCGCUGCCGGCAUGCAAACCGACUCGGAAACCGCGCUCGUCUACGACGACUCGGACAACCUGCCCCUCCGCGGCGGCCCCAGCCAGACCGUCAAGCUCGACGGCGUCACACUGCACGUGCCGACGCCCCAGGUCGCGUCCUCGUCGCGCGGAUAUGCACCCGAGCUCGCCCCGGGGCAGUGGAACCCGAACGCGUUCACGGUGCCGCAGGCCCCGCAGAGAGGGUACUCGCGUGAGCAUGCGCGGAGCCCGUCGAGGUCGGCGGUACCGACGAGCUCGCCCUAUGGGGUUGGUUCGCCCGGGGAGCCGUAUGAUGCUUACGGGCACCGGCGGUGA